GAGGCCGCGCGAACCCGGAGCCGCGCCGCGCCAGCCGGCCUGCAGCCGCCGCGCAUCGAGCGCCGCGAUGGGGCUGGAGACCGAGAAGGCGGACGUCCAGCUCUUCCUGGACGACGAAUCCUACAGCCGCCAUAGCGGCGUCGACUACGCCGACCCCGAGAAGUUUGCGGACUCGGGCCUCGACCGGGAUCCCCACCGGCUCAACUCGCAUCUCAAGGUGGGCUUCGAGGAUGUGAUCGCAGAGCCGGUGUCUACGCACUCCUUUGACAAAGUGUGGAUCUGCAGUCAUGCCCUCUUUGAAAUCAGCAAAUACGUGAUCUACAAGUUCCUGACGGUGUUCCUUGCUAUCCCCCUGGCCUUCGUUGCGGGAAUUCUCUUUGCCACCCUCAGCUGUCUGCACAUCUGGAUUAUAAUGCCUUUUGUAAAGACCUGCCUGAUGGUCCUGCCUUCAGUGCAGACAAUAUGGAAGAGUGUGACAGAUGUUGUCAUUGCCCCAUUGUGUACAAGCGUGGGACGCAUCUUCUCUUCUGUCAGCUUACAACUGAGCCACGACUGAACACUUGGACCCCAGGUCUGGAGAUUUAGAUACUGUAAUACUUCUUUGUUGUUAUAACAUAAAAGCACUACUGUUCUGUUCAUUCCCCAACUGUUCUAAUUAAGAAAACUAUUAAGAUUGGCAAUCACACUUAGAAAUGUUUAUUGGCAGAUCUUUUCAAAUAAUGCUUUUCUAAUUAAUAGCCAAGUAUUUCAUAUCUAACUUUAUAACCGGAAUUGUACAGUAGGUUGGCAACACUUAAUUUUAAAGGCAACACUUUAUUUUGCUUUAGUACAAAAGUAUGCCUAUUAUAAUGAUGAAUUUAUAAGGAUCAAGGGACAUUUCUCUCAAAUGCUACAACAGUUUUGUGCACAACUGCUCAUAAAAAUAUGGGAUUUCUUAUUUUUUUUUCCUCUGGAAGUAAUACUUUUAAAAUUACCUUUACGGAUAAAGUCAUGGGAACACUUAGAGAUAAGAUAUACGGAUAUCCUAGAAAUUGCAGUAACACAAGCAUACAGUGGUGAUAGGGGCUAUCAAGUAUACAAAACAAAUGUGAAAAUAGAUUCAUGAAAAUGUAUUCCUUUAAAUAAGGUAUUGUUAACCUACAAGCCUAUUUAAUGAGAUGUUUCAUUUUACUGUAUAUUUUGUACUUAAUGUAAAUGUUGCUCUAAUCAGAUUGCUUUCAAGCACUUUUAUUAUAUUUGUUAUCUUGUCAAACUAAUAUAUAGAAUGAGAAAAUAUAUCUGCCGUGAAGAACUUCAUUGGUGAGAUUGCACUGUCUUGAUUAUGUAAGCAUAUAUAUCUAUUUUG